AUGGCAUCAAGAUUGACAUCUCCCGAAGUUCGAGACGCCUUGCCGGACAUGGCGGCUAAGCGAAAGCGAGAGCUCCCAGAAGAGUGCGAAGAAGGUGAGACCCAAGGAAACAAAAAACAACACAUAGGACCCAACUACCGCAAACGCCCUGAGAUACUCGACAUCUCCGACGAUCAGGAUGAGCCCCAGGCCUCUAUCAAGACCUACGACGAUGAGAUGUCUGAUGAGGACGAACUCGUUUACGUCAAAUUGAACAGCGAUGACGACGAAGACACAGAGAUGGUUGAUGAGGAGCCCAAGCAGGGCACUGUUCUUUGGUCAGAAGACCGGGAAGAGUUUCCUUCAUGCGCAGUGUACCAUGAAGACGUCAAGCAACACCAAGCCCGCAUCACAGAGUUCGCUGUCGACCUCGCUGAACAUCUCUCCANNAAACUCGCAGCAAGGGGCGGUGACAUGGCUAAGUUACACGCAGAAGCAGUUGCCUGUCAAACAUUCCCGGAGCCGAAGAAAACAGUUGUUGCUCUUAUGGGAGAUGCUGGCUCAGGUAUGUCAUUUCAUGUUCGGGUGUUGUGGUUGUACUGA